GAUUGUAUAAUUCUCCCAGCCACCCCACCGAACCCCAGCUGGGCGGGGUUGGAGGAGGUCCCGCGCGGUUCCCCGAGGCUGCGUCCCGCUCGCUCUCCGCGCGCAGGCGCGGGCGGGCCGUAGGCGGUCUACGUAACGGAUGGUGGAGCCUACGUCAAGGCUGGCGCGGCGUGACUGAGCUCCCUGAUACAGCGGUGUCCUACAGGCAUCCGGGGCAGUAAAACCGCGGUGACGGUGCAGGCGGCUGCCAGGCCGAGGCAAGCGAGGUAGAGGUGGCGGCCGCAGGAGCGCUGAGCCGGGUUUUAGCCCCUGGUACAGGUACAAUGAAAGCCUUCCACACCUUCUGUGUUGUCCUUUUGGUGUUUGGGAAAAUCUGUGAGGCCAAAUUUGAUGAUUUCGAGGAUGAGGAAGACAUAGUAGAGUAUGAUGAUAAUGACUUUGCUGAAUUUGAGGAUGUCACAGAAGAUUCGGUUACUGAAUCUCCUCAACGGGUGAUAACCACUGAAGAUGAUGAAGAUGAGACCACUGUGGAAUUGGAAGGGCAGGAUGAAAACCAGGAAGGAGAUUUUGAAGAUGCAGAUAACCAGGAGGGAGAUACUGAGAGUGAGCCAUAUGAUGAUGAAGAAUUUGAAGGUUAUGAAGACAAACCAGAUACUUCUUCUAGCAAAAAUAAAGACCCAAUAACAAUUGUUGAUGUUCCUGCACACCUCCAGAACAGUUGGGAGAGUUAUUAUCUAGAAAUUUUGAUGGUAACUGGUCUGCUGGCCUACAUCAUGAAUUAUAUCAUUGGGAAGAAUAAAAACAGUCGCCUUGCUCAAGCCUGGUUUAACACUCACAGAGAGCUUUUGGAGAGCAACUUUACCUUAGUGGGAGAUGAUGGAACUAAUAAAGAAGCCACAAGCACUGGGAAGCUGAACCAGGAGAAUGAGCAUAUUUACAACCUGUGGUGUUCUGGUCGAGUGUGCUGUGAGGGGAUGCUUAUCCAGCUUAGAUUCCUCAAGAGACAGGACUUGCUGAAUGUCCUGGCCCGGAUGAUGAGGCCAAUGAGUGAUCAAGUGCAAAUAAAAGUAACCAUGAAUGAUGAAGACAUGGACACAUACGUGUUUGCUGUUGGCACUCGGAAAGCCUUGGUGCGACUGCAGAAGGAAAUGCAGGAUCUGAGUGAGUUCUGUAGUGACAAACCUAAGUCUGGAGCAAAGUAUGGACUGCCAGACUCCUUGGCCAUCCUGUCAGAGAUGGGAGAAGUCACAGAGGGAAUGAUGGAUACGAAGAUGGUUCACUUUCUUACACACUAUGCUGACAAGAUUGAAUCCGUUCAUUUUUCAGACCAGUUCUCUGGUCCAAAAAUUAUGCAAGAAGAAGGUCAGCCUUUAAAGCUGCCUGACACUAAGAGGACACUACUGUUUACAUUUAAUGUGCCUGGCUCAGGUAACACUUACCCAAAGGAUAUGGAGGCUUUGCUACCCCUGAUGAACAUGGUGAUUUAUUCUAUUGAUAAAGCCAAAAAGUUUCGACUCAACAGAGAAGGCAAACAAAAAGCAGAUAAGAACCGAGCUCGAGUGGAAGAGAACUUCUUGAAGCUGACGCAUGUGCAGAGACAGGAAGCUGCGCAGUCUCGGCGUGAGGAGAAGAAGAGAGCAGAGAAGGAGCGGAUCAUGAAUGAGGAAGAUCCUGAGAAACAGCGCAGGCUGGAGGAAGCUGCCUUGAGGCGUGAACAAAAAAAAUUGGAAAAGAAACAAAUGAAAAUGAAACAAAUCAAAGUGAAAGCCAUGUAAAGUCAUCGCAGAGAUCUGAGUCCUGACGUCACCUGUAAGCUCUGAAUUCACAGGAAAUGUAAAAAAUAACAGUCCAUUUUUCAUCUUAAAGUUCAGGCAAUCCUAGUGACUGAGAAAUCCUUAUUUCAUCAUCAUUCUAUUUUUGGUUUGGAGUUUUACAGGGGUUAUAGAUACAUCGGAAGGACUCUGUUCCAGUAAUUUUCUUCCAGAUAAUCAAAUUAUUUUGAUUAUUUUAUGAAAGGAAUGAUGUAUGAACUCUGUAGUUUUAAAAUGUUUUUAAAAUUAUACAUGAAUCAUCAGUGCUUUUAGCUGUGAUAUUUGAAGAAAUAUCAUGACUUGAUAGAUAAGCAAUUAGAUUGUUGCUUUUCGUUUAGAAUGGCAGUUCUGAAUGGCAAUUGAAGUGGCUAUAAAGAAUGCCUCUAAACCAAGAUUCCACAAAUAACUGUUGGAAUUGCACAAUAAACAUUGCCUGGUGUUUUCUUCUGUGUCUACAUUAAACUUGUAAAAAAGUAAAAUUUA